UAUUUCGAUCUUAUUGAAGAUAUUACCAAUGAAGAUGUUGAAUUAACUUUUAAAUGGUAUACUCAUGCAACAGUUGAAGAAACUGGCAUUGUACAGGCUAAAAGCAAUUAUUAUAAUGUAUCUGAUUUUAGCAAUGUGACAGUUAAUAUGAAUGAGGAAGAAGUUGAAAGUUAUAACACAGUCAAUGAAACAUAUUUACUAAGGUAA